AUUGUCCCAAUCGUUACAAUGAGAGAAAUGUUUGUAUUUCUAGUCAUUUGUGGUGUGUUUGGCACAUCUCUUGCUGCCAAUCACGCACUUUGUGGCCAACAGGUAACCAAAGUGAAUGACGAUUCGAGUCACUAUGUGGUGGGAGGUGUGAACGCUAACCCCCAAGAGUUUCCGUGGCAGGUCUCUCUUGAGUAUAACAGUGCUGAAGUGGGCUGGUAUCACACUUGUGGCGCGUCCGUUAUUAGCGACGAAUGGGUGUUAACUGCAGCCCAUUGUGUGGACCGGAGUCUCGACGGAGCGAUGUAUAGGUGUGUCGUCGGAGAACACGAUAGGACUAAACCCGAGGGCAAAGAAGCCAUUAUUAAUGUCAUCAAGGUCAUUCAACACCCUUCGUGGGACACCAGUAAGAUUGUGAACGACGUGGCACUUCUCAAACUGUCCCGUCCUAUCAGUUUCAGUGGUAAUGAGAGUCACGUGAGACCCGUAUGUCUUCCGGACCAACAGGCCGUCGAUAAUAUUGUGGGCACUAAAUGCUGGGCCACGGGAUGGGGUCACACCCAAUGGCAGGGUCAGGUGGCGCCUAUACUCCAGAAAGUGCAGGUUGAUAUCACUACACAAUCGUCGUGUAAAAGUAAAUACCUGUUCGUCACCAGUAUCACCGAGGCACACAUAUGUUUCGGUGAGCAAGGUAAGGGAACCUGUCAGGGGGACUCAGGUGGUCCGCUCAACUGUCAGGUCGGCGGCAAAUACUACUCAUACGGCGCCACAUCCUUCGGUGUUCAGUGCGCCGGUAGUUACCCAUCGGUCAGCGCCCGGACGUCCACUUUCUCCGCUUGGAUUUGGCAGACAGUCUCACAAAACUAG